AUGGGAGACUUUAACGAGACCCUCUCUUCUUCUGAACAUUCCACGGGUCUCAACCCUCGGCAUCAAGGAGGAAUGCGAGAGUUUCAACACACUGUCUCCACCUGCAAUCUUACGGACCUCACGUCACUGGGUAAUACGUUCACAUGGACCAACAGCCAGCCAGCAAAUCCCAUUGCUAAGAAACUGGAUCGCGUUCUUGUCAAUGAUGUCUGGCUUACUCAAUUCUCUCAGUCUUACGCACAGUUUGAGCCCUGUGGUGUUUCGGAUCAUACUCGCUGCAAGGUGUUUUUAGAAGCUCAGACUUUGGGGAAGAAAAGACCUUUUAAGUUCUUUAACUUCUUGGUCGAUCAUCCAGACUUCGCCACUGUUGUCGCUGAGACUUGGAACGAGACAGAGCCACUAUACCACUCGCGCUCUGCUCUUUACCUCUUCCACCGCAAAUUAAAGCUUCUGAAGCCUGCUCUCCGACUUCUAAAUAAGACCAAAUUUGGUGAUAUCCCUUUUCGUUCAAAGGAAGCUCUUCAGAACCUGUGUGAUAAGCAGGAACAAGCUUUGGCAAACCCAGACACAACUACUUUUGAAGCGGUUGCAGAAGCAACAACAUCUUGGAACUACUGGGCUGGUAUAGAGGAGCAGUUUCUCAGGCAGAAGUCUCGCUGCGGCGACAUACUUUGCGCAAUUUAUUGGUCCUGCCCUGAUCAAACGACACCUGAUACGGCUGAUAUACCAAGCCUUUCAGAGCUGCUGGAAUUCCGAUGCCCUGAAAAUAUUGCAGAGCUCCUCGUUCGUCCUAUCUCAGAGGCAGAGAUAAAGAAUUUUCUGUUUGCUAUGCCUUCAAACAAAGCUCCGGGACCUGACGGCUACCCUGCUGAGUUCUAUCGUUCUGCUUGGCCCAUCAUCAGUACCAACUUCACCAUUGCAGUUCAGUCCUUCUUUAUGUAUGGGUUUUUACCGAAAGGAGUAAACGCAACAAUUCUCGCCCUCAUUCCAAAGGUUCAAGGAGCAGAAACCUUAAAAGACUUUCGCCCUAUCUCUUGCUGCAACAUUCUCUACAAGGUUGUCUCUAAAAUCCUUGCCAAUCGUCUGAAAGUAUUCCUACCAGAGUUGAUUGAAACGAAUCAGUGUGCAUUUGUAAAGGGGCGGCUUCUCCUAGAGAAUGUCUUACUAGCCACAGAACUGGUAAAGAACUACCAUAAGGACUCCAUCACGGCUCGCAGCGUUCUGAAACUCGAUAUAUCAAAGGCUUUUGACUCAGUAAACUGGUCUUUCAUUUUAGACACACUCCGAGCCAUGAACAUACCAGAACAGUUUGUGCAUUGGAUCCAUGUCUGCCUCUCGACUGCUGCUUUCUCUGUAUCUAUCAAUGGGGAACUUGAGGGAUUCUUCCCUAGUACCCGAGGUCUCCGUCAAGGUUGUGCUCUCUCUCCGUAUCUUUUUGUCAUUGCAAUUAAUGUUCUCUCACAUCUUCUGAAUAGAGCAGCCUCAUCUGGAACUAUUGGUUAUCAUCCUACAUGCUCAGAAGUGAACCUUAUGCAUCUAAGCUUCGCUGAUGACAUCAUGAUUUUCACUAAUGGAGACACUGAAUCUCUUCGGGGAAUCUUCUCAGUGCUAGAUCAGUUCAAACGCCUAUCUGGUCUUAAUAUAAACCCAGCGAAAUCCUCUAUCUACAUGGCAGGAAGAAUUAGUCAAGAGUUUCGUGAUGAAGUUACCAGUUUGGGAAUUCCAGUCGAUAGCCUUCCGGUCCGGUACGUGGGGCUCCCUCUCACGACUAAAUCCAUGACGUGCACUGAUUACGAACCCCUCAUUGAUAAGAUCAGAACGCGCCUCCUCUCCUGGUCUAGCCUCUCUCUCUCGUAUGCUGGCCGGCUUCAGCUUAUUAACACUGUCAUUGUAAGCAUCACAAACUUCUGGUGCUCAGUGUUCCGUCUUCCGAAGAGAUGUCUUGAAACUAUUGAGAGUAUGUGCAGCGCUUUCCUCUGGUCUGGAUCACCAAACUCCACCACCAGAGCCAAAGAGGCAUGGGAAGAUGUAUGUAAACCAAAGAAUGAGGGAGGCCUUGGUAUACGAUGUAUGGCUGACUCAUCUCGGGUUUUUGCUUUAAGUCUGAUAUGGAGAUAUCUUACCAACUCAGGCUCUCUCUGGGUUGCGUGGACCAGAAGAAACCUCUUGCGGAAUCGUUGUUUCUGGGAUGUUAGUGAUAAAUCAUCGGGAUCAUGGAUAUGGCGCAAACUCCUAAAGCUUCGGCAGCAGGCUGCGACGUUUCUGCGAUCUGAGAUUCAUAACGGUAAAGAUACUCUCUUCUGGUUUGACAAUUGGCUGGAUAUGGGCAAGUUGAUUGAUAUUGCGGGAGCAUCAGGUACUCAAGUCAUGGGCAUCCAACGGUAUGCAACGGUUUCGUCUGCAGACUUGUCUGGUAGGUGGAACUUAAGGCGAUGUCGUAGUAAUCACCUACGGGCGAUGAUUACUCGUAUCAACUCAGUACCACCGCCGGUAGAGGAGGCAGGCUGUGACUGUUUGCUAUGGCGUCAUGGGGAAAAUGACUACAAAGGUUGGUUCUCUUCGAAGAACACUUGGAAUCAGGUAAGAAAACAAGGCAGUAUAGUGGAAUGGAGCAAGCUGAUCUGGUUCUCACAAGCUGUUCCCCGCUACUCUUUCAUUGCGUGGCUGGCUCUCCGCAACAGACUCUCGACUAGUGAUCGUACUCAAGUAUGGGGUGAGCAUCAGUCUUGUCGGUUAUGUGGUGAGCCAAAUGAGUCCCGCGACCACCUCUUUUUCGCAUGUCCAUAUUCAUACACGAUUUGGACAGAGCUCACAGGCUCUCUUCUAUCUAGGCCAAGCCCAGACUGGAGUAUCACGGUCACAACAUUGUUGUCGCCUCGCAGGUCUACCAUUGAUUCAUGUCUUCUUCGACUAUCCUUCCAGGCUGUAAUCCAUAGUAUAUGGAGGGAAAGGAACAGCAGGAAGCACACGGAUGCUCACCGUACCGCUCAACAACUCACGAAGUUUAUAGACAAGACAAUACGCAACCGCAUCCCCUCUCUUCGUUCUAGGAACGCAGGGAACUGCAGUAGCCUGAUGAUCCGCUGGAUGGGAAGAAAUUAA